AUGACGAAGAGAAAGAGAGAAAACCGCGCCGUUACUGCUGACGGCGCCCGCUACAACAAGCUACAGCGCCCAAACACACUCACAGCUCCGCCAGCACAGCUUCCCGAGCACGAUGAAGAACCAUACCGCAAGCUCUCCCGCUCGGAUGCCCCUCCAGCAGAGGAGCCGGCAAGCGGCGAGGAGUACGAUGAGGGGCAAGACGAAGAGUGUCCAGCUCCGGACAAAAAGCCUCCCAGCCGCCAACCGCGCCCCGAUCCUACAUACGGCCAACGAAGCUUCCUGCCCGGUCUCGACGAGUCUGCUGACGAGGAGCCCGACACUUUUGAAGCCCUUGCAUAUCUAAGAUCAGUGAGGACCGAAGCGGCCUUCAUCCCCAACCUGCUUGUCGCCCCUAAACCCACCGUUUCCGAAGGUGAAUACGACGCCUCGAUCUACGACACCGGCUACGGCGACUCCCGCGGCUACUACGCCGACGGCGCGUAUGUCGCUGCUCCCGUCGUUGGUCCAAUUCUGCCGCCCACCGCUCGUUCAUCCACGACGCCAGCCCCCGUUGCACCACAAAGGGCCUACCGCGCCCGCCUACUCGCUCAAUUCCACCGCCAGCGAGCUAUUCUGCACGCGAAUCCUCCGGCCUCCGCAGUCGCGGCGCUGAAGCCCACCCAAUUCAUCUCCCUCCCCCCCGGCUCCGCCGCCGCUUUCCGCGAAUGGCGUGCCUCUCUCUCAGCCUCCCCCCCGUCCCCCGUCCAGCUCGCUGUUAUGGACACACGCACCGUUCUCCGGGCCCUGAGCCUCCUAACCGGCGUCCUGCGGCGCUCCAGCAACAUCUCAGCCAGAGGCAGCGCAUGGGCGUGGGGUCUGCUGGCCCGGCUGCCCGAGCUUGGGACACUGGGGAGCGAGGAGGUGGGGGCGGUGAGGGAGUUGGGAAAGAGGGCCGUGUGGGUCAGAUGUGGGUUCGUGAGCAAAGAGAUUGCGGAGGCUACGGAGGGGUUUGGGGGUGAGGUGGGUGAGGAGGAUGAGGAGUGGAGGCCGAGGGUUGAGGUUGAGAGGGAGCGGAUGGAGGCGGAGCAAGAGGGAGAGGAGAAGGAGGGCCGGGCUCCUCAGAAGAGCACAAGAGAAACGGAGGAAGAGGAAACAAGUCGUCGCAACUCGUCGAGCUCUUUGCCUGAUCCCUUACCAGAAGUCGUGGACAUGAGCAUCGCAGACGCGAUAGGUCUGAACGACCCAUUAAUUACGCCUUCACAUCGAGCUACGAGACAGAGGAUUGUGGAUAUUCCGGAAGGGCUCGCUGAACCACCGCCUAUUGUUGCAAUGCUGGGGGAUGAAAUCAAGGUUUAUCAUCCUACUGUGGGCGAGGUAGUUAUCCCGAAGAAAAGGAAUCUCGCUGAGAUGAUGCGCGACCUCAACGAACGGCACGUGGCUCGCUUGAAGGAAGAAGGAGCAGAGAACGAGGAUGAAGGAUCGGCUGAGUCUAGUCCAUCUCAGGGGAAAGCAGAUGGCAAGGCCGGAGAUGAAGAAGGUACAGAAAAAGCUGUCGAGGCUGCUGAACCCGAGGAAGGAGAAGUGGAUAAUGAAGAUCAUGAGGAGGUACCGGAUGCGAACACAAAAGCCACGCUUGACAUGAUCAUCACCAUCACUGGAGAGCUGUAUGGACAGAAGGAUUUACUUGAGUUCCGGGACGUCUGGGCCGGCCCUGAUGACGGCAAGGAUGACAAGGAAUGA